CUAGACGGAAGUUUUCGUGCAAAACAUGCGAUGAAGAGACCACAAGAGAUGUCAACAAAACUGCUGUCAACUCGAAUAAUAAAGAGCUACAUUUUAGAAUUGACCACUAAAAUCGACCGACGUCUUACUUUCAUGAGCUUUUAACAAGGAUCCCACAAUGGCGGAAGGAAACACUCUUUCCGGUGUAAAUGUUGUGCUUGUUAUGGCCUACGGCAGCUUGGUGUUUGUGCUGCUGUUCAUCUUCGUGAAGAGACAGAUCAUGCGCUUCGCUAUGAAGUCUCGCAGAGGACCGCACGUGCCGCUCGGACACAACGCACCAAAGGAGCUGAGAGAGGAGAUUGAUUCCCGUUUGUCAAAAGUGAACGAUAUUCGUUAUGAGCCACCUUUACUCUCUAAAGACGACGAUCGACUGAAGCUUCAAGGCCAGAAUGGUGAGAGGAACAGAAGGCCCUGGAAGUUCUCUGUAAAUACUGGUGCAGAUGUGAACUCUUGUGUCUGUGUCUGUGUUUGUGCAGGAUGUUAUAAUUACCUCUUCAGAAUGCAAGCGUUAGAUGCCAUCAGAGACUCCGAUAUCCCGUUUCAGGAGUUUUGUCGCAGUGCCAGCGCUCUGACCGGCCGCCGCUACAAAAAGUGGCUGCAGGACCUACGAAACUCGCACUCUCUGUUCAAAUCAAGUCACAGUGCAUUAAUAGAUCGCUUACUGGAGGGCUAUGACAACGCUCGCCAUGGGACAGGGGUGUUUGGUGAGGCAGAGUUUGUGAAGUAUAAGGAAGAUCUGGCAGAACUGGCUGCUGUUGUGAAGACCCACUCCAGCACCAGCAGUCUAAACCAGCAGCACCAGUCCGCAGCUAAAGAUCUGACCUGCUCCUCCGGCCCGUCAUCUGCCUCUACCAUUCAGGUCACGUACCUGCCGUCCACCGGACAGCGCAGCAAGAGGCCCAAACACUUCCUGGAGCUCAAAAACUUCAAAGACAACUAUAAUACACUGGAGAGCACACUUUAGAGAUUGGAAUCCUUUUGAGGAACUGUGUGAAUACAAUUCAGAAACUGUGAAUCAGAAGUGUUCAGAUCUCACUGGAAAAGCCUUCAUUUAGAAAUGAAAACAGUGGGAGAUGCAGUCAAAUGGCCUCAAAUCACACUGAGAAUUUGAGAAUGACUUAAUAUAUGACCAAAUCUGUCAGAUAAAUGUCAGUGCAACUGCUUUGAGAGCAAUGUAAGAAUAUUAUGUUGGUAGUUUUAAUGUUUUUCUGAUGGAGCUAACAGGAAGAUCUUUUUUGUCUAAUGUUUUACCAGAUUUUAUUUGCUAGGCUAGGAUGGCCUUUUAAUGUGAACAGGGAGUGUAAAGUUUAUAUCUUUCUUUUCCAAAGAGCACCAGCAAAGCACCCUUUAGCUGAGAUGAUAACAUUUUAACUGGAUUGACUUUAAUAGAACAAACACAUGAAUUCAAAA